CACCCAGUAUCUUAGCGUGACGGAGUUUUGCCUUGAAGCCGAGUCGCUCGAAAUCCUGUGUCAUUACGGGCAGAUCUAGUGGAGCUAGCAAACCUCAGCGUUCGUAGAACUUUUUUUCUUAAUUCUAAGAUGGCAAAUCGACCAAAGAAGGCGGGAAUUUCUGCGGAGGCAGAGAAAAAGAUUGCUGCUAAGUACCCCAAAGAGCUUGAAGAUGGCGCGAAAACCUGGGUCGAGGCGGUCUACGGUCAGAAAGUAGCCUGGGGCGAGGAAGACGCCAGACCAGGAGACGCUUUUGCUAAGCCUCUGCAGGACGGGAUAAUCCUCUGCAAGAUUGUGAACUCGUUCAAACCUGGAGCAGUGAAGAAAAUUCACGAGAGCCCAAAAUCUUUCCAGAUGCAAGAAAAUAUCUCUAAUUUCCUGUCAGCUUGUGAACAAUUUGGAGUGGAUAGGAUACACAUCUUCCAGACCGUGGACUUGUACGAGAGGCAGAACGUUGGUCAGGUCAUAACAUGUCUGCAGGCUCUCUCUCGAGUGGCUAACAAAAAGGACCCAAAUGUCCCUCUGUUUGGACCCAAGCAAGUUGACGAAAAUCCAAGACAGUUCACUGAAGAGCAGUUGAAGGAAGCUGCCAAGAAAGCCCACUAAACAAGCCACACACUGAUCUAAUAUCUACCCACCAAUCUCCCCCCCCCCCCUGCUUAAUGCUCGAAAUGGAUUGUGGUUAAUCACGUGAACAAAAUAUUUUACGAACAAAUUUUACGAACUUCAUGACUAAAAUUUUUAUCAAGUAAAAAUAUUAUGUUUUAGUUGAAUAAUGUUCUGUUUGCAUAAGUGUUUUUCACAUGAUUGGCUGCAGCUCAUUUACAACAUUUAAUUCGCUUUCUCAUGCAAAAAACUGUGGGUAAUCUUAGUUUUUUCCCGUGGCAUAGCUGUCAAUCAACGUUAGACAUAAGUCUAAAAGCAAACCCGGAAACAUAAAAAAGAAAAUAAAAAGUUCUCUUAGCCAGCUU